CUUCCAUGGCGCAGGGGCCAGUGGUGCAUAUAAAACGCUUCACAUAGUGCCGCUAGUGUCCUAUUCUGUACUUGGCCAUCACUACAUACCGUCCCUUCUGAAUAAAAAAAUUAAGUUACGUUGAUAACAUGACGACGAGUAUAACAAUAAUGGUACUAUGCAUUCUUGGGUCAACAUUGUUGUUAAUAAUGCCGGAUAACACCACAGCAUCAGAUAAGUUCUUUCAGACCGGUGGCCGCUUUGGAAAAAGACACGGUGAUCAUAUACCAGAUAUUCGGUAUACUACCAUGGUAAAAACACGAUCAGUGGACAAUGUACCACCUAGGAUAGAAAGAGGUUUUUACAUAUCAAGGUAUGGUAAACGAAGUACUAACUCAAUUACAGAUCCUUACUAUUUUACACUUUGUUUGCCAUCCUAUGGUAUAUAUUGUGAUUUUACAGGAUUACCUAAUUUACUUCGUUGCAAAAGGAUCCAACCUACAGCAUGCUCGAAUCUGAAUUAUGUCGAUGAUAAAACUCAGAUGAAGCCCGACAACGACAUAAUCAUUUAA